GUUUAUGUUUCUGCUGCGUUCACAUCGCGGAAGUAAAUUGAGGUUUUGUUUUGGUAAAUUGUGUGGUUUCAGGGUGUAUUUACUUUUUAAACCCAGUGAUAAAGCGGUGUGUUUUACAUUGUAAUGGGAGGAUUUGGAGUGAUGGCUAAUGAGGAAUCAGUGGAUUAUUCCGUGCAUGAAGCGUGGAACGAAGCGACCAACGUGUACCUGCUUGUUAUUUUGGUCAGUUUUGCUCUGCUGAUGUACGCUAGAAAGAAUAAGAGGAAGAUCAUGCGCAUAUUUACGAUGCCUCCCACAGUGGGAUCUGCUCCGGAGCCUAAUUUCUACGACAGCCUACAGAAAGUGCGGCUCAGACAGCAGCUGGAGAUGUAUUCUCUCUCCCGGAAGUUCGAUCAGCAGGGCCAGGCACAGGAGUGUGUGCAGCUGUCGAUGGAAUGAUUGAGACAUGACUGCUCUGUGUGAAGGUCAACUGAUUACACGAAUGUGAAGAAUCUGUGUGUCGAUGCUGUGAAGUUUUUGGUGUUCAAUAUUUCAGCUGCAGUUGAUUUAAUUUUGUCUUUCAGAAGACUGAACAUAAAACACACACACACACACACACACACACACACACACACACACACACACACACACACACACUUGAGUUGGAAUAUUAAUAUUUUACUUGUAUAUUUUAUCUUUUUCUUGCAUAAACUGCUAAGUAAGCGAUAUAAUAUAAGAAAUGUACCACGUCUGAGUCACACAACAGAAUUGUAAUGACCAGUUGCUGCCACCCAGUGGCUGAUUCUAUGAAUAGCAGCAAUGGACUAGCAAGCUAUUUUCCCCGUUUCUACAUUCUGAUAAAUUCUAAUAACCAGAAGUGCAGUCAUGCUUCUACAGAUACUUUCAAAAAAUGUAAGAAAUAAGUUGAUUAGGUUAUAUGUUUUGUUUUCUUUGUAAUAUGUUCCAUGAUAAUCUACUGUAUCGUAUAGACGGCUUUGGAUGUGGCUUAGCCGUUGAUCAGAAAGCAUAUGUAAAUUCUUUGCCCUUUUCCAAUAAUAAUAGGUUUUGCAAUUGUUUAUUAUUAUUAUUAUUAUUAUUAUUAUUAUUAUUAUUAUUAAUAAUAACAAAAAUGACCAUUGGGAUUUUGUUUAACGUCUUGCAUGUUCAAGGUAAUGCAUUUUGACAAACUACCUUUGACAAUGUCGCCCUCUGGCGGCCGUUCGUGGUGGUGACAAAAUUUUCAGUGCAUUUAUGUCUUCAAAAUAAUAAUAAUAAUAAUAAUAAUAACAAUAAUAAUAAUAAUUAUUAUUAUCAUUGUUAUUAUUAUUGGUUAAUAAUAAUAGUAUUAAGCAGUUUUUGUUAUACAUUUUCUACAUCACAUCACGUGCAAGUCCUUUCUUUUGUUUCCAGCAGUCACUACAUGGAAGUUUUUGGUUGCACAUUUUAAAUUAUGAAGCUUUUAUUAAGUUUUGUUCAAAUUAAACAGAUUAAGACAGAAACCCGCAAUUUGAAAAACAUGGGGAAAAAAAAGAAUCUAGAAGAAUAAAAAAGGUAAAUAAAAUACUUAAAAGAAAAACAAUAAGUACCCUGUGUAAAUGUCAUCAUUUUAAAGUAUUUAUUUCAUGAAUGAAUGAAUGAAAUGUUCAUCUGAA